AGUGAUGACAUAGGAGGCUGGGCGGGGCUGAGCUCACCUGGCCCCAGGUAUUGCUAUGUCUGCCGUGUACCUUUCCUGGCAGCCAAACAGACUCAGCUCCGGGGGCCCCACUCACCCUUCUGCCUAUGAAGUUCCCCUCUGAGCCAUGGAGUGAGGGGCCGCACAAGGGAGACCCCCCGGGAGGAGAAAUGCAGAGGUUUGGGGGCGACGAGGGGGCAGCAAGUCCAGGCAGGGCCCAGGACCCCCCCGGAUCAGAGCCUGGUACCUCCCAGGAUGGGACUGAUGCCCAGAGAGUGGCAGAGCUGGCCCCCCCUGCCCCGGCCGGGCCCCCCCGGGAGACCUGGGGGGGUAAGUAUGAGUUCCUGCUCUCCUGUAUCGGUUACUGUGUGGGACUGGGCAACGUGUGGAGAUUCCCCUAUCUCUGCUACCGCAACGGGGGAGGAGCCUUCCUCAUCCCUUACUCCAUCAUGUUGUUCUUCACGGGGCUCCCCCUCUUCCUCAUGGAGCUGAGUUUGGGGCAAUACGGAGCCGCCGGGCCCAUAACUGUGUGGAAGUGCUGCCCCAUCCUUAAAGGGAUCGGGAUCGGGAUGCUCCUCGUGUCGGCUCUGGUCUCUCUCUAUUAUAACGUUAUUAUUGCCUGGACCUUCUAUUACCUGGGUCAGUCCUUCCAGAGCCCAUUGCCCUGGUCAUGUGACUCGGCCCUGUAUUCCCAGCUCUGCCAGAACGGGACGAGCAAUGGGUCUCAGUUCAGCGCCACAGAAGCUUUCUGGAAUGAGAAGGUUCUGGGAGUGACGCACAGUUCUGGCCUCGGUGACCCGGGUCCUGUCGGCUGGGAGCUGGCACUCUGCUUAUUGGCCGCCUGGUUCAUCAUCUUCCUCUGCAUGCUGAAGGGCAUCCAUAGCUCUGGCAAGAUCGUCUAUUUCACCGCCACGUUCCCCUACUUCGUCAUGGUUGUGCUGAUCAUACGAGGGGCCACACUGGAGGGGUCCAUAGAUGGCGUGAGGUUCUACCUGACAGCUGAUUGGAAGAGACUUCAAAGUGCCCAGGUAUGGAACGAUGCCGCCUCGCAGAUCUUUUACUCCCUUGGGAUUGGAUUCGGGGGGCUGCUUUCCAUGGCGUCCUACAAUAAAUUCAAUAAUAACGUUAUUAGGGACACUUUGGUCAUCGCCAUUGGGAACUGCUCCACAAGCUUCUUUGCCGGCUUUGCCAUUUUCUCUGUGCUCGGCCACAUGGCCUGGAAAAAGGGGGUCCCGGUGGGACAGGUGGCGGAUUCCGGUCCGGGUUUGGCUUUUGUAGCUUACCCAGAAGCCCUUGCUCUGCUGCCCGGCUCUGUGUUCUGGUCUAUCCUCUUCUUCCUGAUGUUGUUCACCUUGGGAGUAGACACUCUGUUUGGGAACAUGGAGGGCAUCACGACGGCCAUACUGGACGAGAUCCCAUCCCUGCGAGACUGGAAGAGGAAGACAAUAUUUUUGGGGUGUCUGUGCUUUGCCUUCUACCUACUGGGGCUCCUACUCAUCACCCAGGGGGGUAUCUACUGGUUCACUCUGAUAGACUCGUACAGCACGAGCUUCGGCCUCAUCAUCAUUGCCCUCUUCAUGUGCCUCGGAAUCGCCUUCUUCUACGGUGUCAACCAGUUCUGCCAGGACAUAUUGGACAUGGUGAGCCAGUGCCCCCCCUGGUGCACAAAGGUCCUGUGGUACUUUAAAGCCUGCUGGGUGUUCAUCACCCCCCUCCUAUUGCUGUUCAUCCUGUUCUAUAUAUUCCUGGAGAUGUACAACACCCCCCUGCGCUACGGCGCCUACGUGUACCCUCGCUGGGGGCAGGCCCUGGGCAUUUGCAUGGGCACGCUCUGCUGCAUUCAGAUCCCCAUCUGGGCUACAGUCGCGGUGCUGAAAGAGACCGGAACCCUGAAGGAGAGAUUUAAGAAAUCCCUGCGCCCAUUAAACACCUGGCGCAAUGCCAACAGCCCGCAGGAGCACGGCAACGCCAUCAUCGAUGUGCCCUACACAGUCAACCUGACACAGCAGGAUUUCUCGGACGCUGUGUGGCAGGGGGCAGAAAUGCUGGAAGACUGACAGCGCUUGGACCCAGCGAUGGCAGAACAAUAAUUCACUGGGGUCUCUCUCUCUGGUUUAUGAUUUUCAGGAAAUUCAUUUGGCCCCUGUGGCUCCCACUAAGCUGGACAUACAGGCCUGAUGGGAACAGCCCUGGCACCAUGGGGCAGGGAUUAUGGUGCCCACUGCCAGCCCAUAGAGUUCCCCCCCCAGCCCAUAGAGUUCCCCCCCCCAGCCCAUAGAGUUUC